AUGGCGCCGAAUCGGAAGGAGGACUCUCGUGGACGUCGACGCAGCAGGAGCAGGGACAGGCGUGUAUCCAUCGACAACAGGCGUUGUUCUGUCGGCAACAGAAGGAUAAUCACAGCCGGCAACCAUCGUCGAACAGCUCAAGGACGCAGUGCAUCCAGGGUGAGGACGGCAGGCGGUCAGCAAUCAAUCGUACGGGGAGUCAGGACGCAACGCCGAGUCGCAGCAUCGAGAGCCGCAGUUGAGCCUUUGGAUGAAGAACGACAACGGUCAUCAACAAAUUCGCUCAUAAAAGAACAGAAUGCUGCUCAGCGCUGGUUUCAAGUCGUCAAGCAGGAAGAUGUCAGAGGUGUUCGUCAACAGUACGCCAUAGAUCUCCAGCAGUACAGGCGACCCGGCGGGAAAUACGAGGUUUUCAAUCGAGUGGAGAGCGAGGGUUUGGGCCUGAACCGCUAUGAGGAUGUCCAACUGCUGGACCAUUCGCGGGUCGUCUUGAAAAGAGCCGGCGGGAUAGACUACAUUCAUGCAUCGCACGUACACGGUGGGCCUUUUCCAAUGAUUUGUACUCAAGGACCUCUGGACAGGACGAUCGGCCACUUUUGGACAAUGGUUGCAGAAAACAAUUGCGCGGUAAGACUUAAAUUUUUAGCUAAAUGUCAACUUUUAAAAUAA